AUGAAUUGGUUCGAUACGUCAGGUUUGACGAGCUUAGCCAAGACUGCAUUGAAGGAAGCACAAAAAACGAUCGACAAGGCUCUGGACAUUCAAGACGACAGCAGCGAGGAACGGGAAGAUGAGUCCCCUACUCAAAGUAAGGCUAAAAUUUCACCUAGCCCUAGUAAUACGCCCCAUAAUGAUAACACAGAUUUCUUCUCUUCUUGGGGCUUGUCAGUUAGUGCUGAGAGUUCCAAAGAUAAAACAACUAAUGAACGACAUGUGGUCACCGAGAGCCCUUCUAAGUCCUCUUCUCAAAGCAUGUGGGGCUCUUUUGCAGGGUCUUUUUUUGAACAACCAUUAAGUUCAGAUAUUGACUCGGCCAUAGUUAGGCCACCUAAGGCUAAAUCUAUGAACGUUAUAUCUGAUGUUAAAUAUGGGAGUCAGGAUGAAUUAUUUUCAAAGAGUCAACUUGUUAUGUCAGAUAAUACUGAAGAAUUCAAAGUGAUAAAAACAAAAGAGGAAAUACCAAAGUUUGAAGAAAGGAGAGGGUCAUCAAGGUCAAACAGAUUAUCACUGGUUUCAAGCAGAAAUAGUUCUGAUUCUGUAGAAGUACUAUCACAGAGCUUGAAAACAACUCCAGACUCUGAAGCUGCAUCUGGACAGUCUAUGUCACAUAGCAGUAGUAUUGGUCAAAAAAUUAACUCCGAGUCUGUUGAGAUACUGCCUGACAGUCUUGUUAGUCCUAGCUCAAUUGAGUGCCUUGGCUUUGAUAGUUUUUCAAGUGAUAAAAAUAGUAGUACUCCGUCAUCUAACCUUUCACCUUGUGAUUUAAGUGACAAAAAGUCUACUCCAGUUGGAGAUAGAACAGAGAGGGUGGAUACAGCAGAUAGUGUCAGUUUAGUAGCUGAUGAUGAUGAAGACACUAUGUCAUACAACUCUAUUUCUGAAUGUACUGCCCCAACUGUAUUGGACACAGAUGAUAAGUCUGCUAGUCCUUUUCCUAAGACAUUCAGAGGAGAAAGUCGAAAAGUAAUUGAUAAAGACUUUAUUCAUUUAGAACAGCCAGUAUUGACUCCGAGAAUGCAGAUCAGUGAGAAUUCCUCAAAUGAUGGGUCUUGGUCAGAUAGAACAUUGAAUGCUGACAAUGAUAGUGUUAAUUUAGAACCUGCUAGUGGAGAACCAAAGAAAGAAAUGGAGCCAGAAGAUAUUUUGAUUGAGAGAUUGAGUGACUCUUCAUCAUUUUACAAUGUGAAUGUUACAGGAGAAAUGAUGCAAUCUGAAAGUUCUGCAUUUGUUAACGUUGAAAGUCAACAAUGUGCUGCCCCAGAUAGCAGUGAGUCGUCUCGGAAAGAUAGUAGUGUCAAGGAGAGAACUUCUCCUAUAAGUUCUGACAGUAAAAGUGACUUAGUAAAAAUUGGUUCUGACAGGACGUCCGGUCACACAUCUGGUGAUGAGUUGGAAACAACCACGUCAUCAGACAUUGAAAUUAUCCCUAGUCCAAAUGGAGACAAUGGUCAUGGCUUUAGUAGAAAUAGCCCAGCUAAAUAUGCAUUUAAACAGUCCAAGUUUGAUGGGACUACAUCACCCAAUCUCGUGGACUUGGUGCUGGGGAAAUCUCUUGCAACAAAGAUACGUGGCCAUAACCGAGAGCUAUCUGAAGCGUCUAUUCAAAGUAACACAAGUGAUGAGAGCCAAGGAUCAGAAAAUGAAAGACUAAUGAGAAGAUUGUGUGAGAUGACAGAGAUUUUAGAAGCGCGAGAGAACAAAUUGAUUGAAGUGAGUAGGAACAAUGCUGAGUUGGCAGAAAACAAUGCUGAAUUGAAAAUCCAGUUGGAAUCCAUGCAAGCUAAACAUGAGGGAGGUGACAUAAGUGUUAUUACAGAAGAUUAUACUCAGAGAAUGUCUGCAUUAGAAAAGAAAUUUCAACAAGCAAUUAGAGAAAAGGAUCAACUAAGAAAGCAAUUAGACUCUUUGAAAUCUGAGUCAUCACGUAAGAACUCAAAUGAAUUCGAGAAUGCGUUAAAAGAGAAGGAUGAAGUUAUCACACAAUUACAAGAAGAAGGUGAGAAAUUGGCCCGCCAGCAGCUACAGCACUCCAAUAUUAUAAAGAGGCUCAGAGCAAAAGAAAAGGAUAAUGAACAAGUCAUUAAGAGCUUAAGAGAUAAAAUAGCAGAACAGGCUAGUGAAUUGGAACGCUUGAAGCGAUCUAUGGCAGCCAAGGAGGAGCUGGAGGUGAGCCAAAUAGAGGCUGUGUACAAGCUCACCACGGCCAACAAACGACUCGAACAGGAACUGGCGGAGAGCAAAAGCUCGUUAGAUGAUACGACGCAGCGAUUGGAGAGCAGCCGCAUGUCGCUGGAGGCGGCGCGGCACGAGCUGAUGGAGCUGCAGCGCGGCAGCGAGGAGCUAAUCAGGCGACGCGCCUCACAGCAACAGCUAGAAAAUGACGUGCGAGUCGCCAGGGAACAAGCCGCUCAUGCCGACACACAGCUGCAACACCUGCGCGCCACCGCUGCUGCAGAGGAACGUCGAUGGGCGGCGCGCGAGGAAGCUCUCCGGCGUGAGAUACAGGAGACGAGGGACAUGUACCUGUCGGGGGUUAGCGGGACAAUCGCGUCCACCGCGGAAGAAUCACCUGCGCCCGCUGCCGCGCUGCUGGCCCAGCUGGCGCAGCUGCAGCGCGCCUGUCUGCAGCGUGAUCAGCGCCAUCAGCGGCACGCCGCACAGCUGCAGCAGCGACUUGCGGAGGCCGAAGCGUCAGCAGCUAAAGCGAUAGAGCGCGAGCGUAUGUGUAAAGAGGAGUGCAGCGCACUGCAGUUGCGUGUGAGCGAGACGGAGAGUGCGCUGCAGCAUACGCGGGGGCUGCUGGACCGAGCUGCUGAAGACUGUCACGGACAUCUUGAACAACUCGCUGUCCUACAACAGGACCUGAAAAUCAAGAACGAGGAGUUGGAGUCCCUGAGGAUGGAGAGAGACAGCAUGCAGCAGAAAUGCGGUCUCCACAUGGAGCAGCUGGAACAGCUGGAGCGGCGGCUACAGGAGGUGAGCGAUGCGCUAGUGGCUGAGAGGAACAGGAAUGCAAUACUACAGGAGCGGGCAUCAAGUCGGGGAGAUGUGUCGCCUCACUCUGUCGGAUCUGAUUCAUUUUCCAACUCUACGUGGGUGCAGGACGAGAUGGUGGCGGGCGCGGGCGUGGGUUCAGCGCUGGGCAUGAGCGUGGGCGUGAGCGUGGGCUCGGCGCUGGGCGUGGAGCAGACGCUGGCGGCGCUGCGUCGGCGCGAGGGGGAGGUGCGCGCCCUCACAGGGGACCUGCAGCACGCGCGCCGUCAGCUGCUCCACCUGCGUGCCACACUAGCGGACCUCACCGCCGCCGCCGAUCACCACCAGAGCCUUCAGGAGCAGUACGACGCGCUCCUGCAGAUGUACGGCGAGAAGGAGGAGCAGCUAUCAGAGGCCAAGCUGGAUCUGCAUGACGUCACGCAGCUCUAUAAAGCUCAACUCGACGAACUCGUACAACUGAAACGGCAGGUCGCCGCGUUACAGCGAUAGCGAAUGGAAGCCAUCCCAAACGAUAAUAUUACAAGACGAAUUUUAAAAAUUUUCAACAUCGAGCUGGCGACUUCAAAAUUUUUAUAAGAACGACUAUAUAUUUUUAGGUUUCUUCUGCGGUUUUAAAAUGUGCUACUAUAUGUAAAUUUAGUGAAUAAUAUAGUAAAACUGCUGUCGCAUUUAUUACUUUUGCAUUGCAAUAAUGAAAGUGUUAUUCAUGCAUAAAAAAUAUAUUAUGUCAAUGUUAUUUCAACAUUCUGUCAUCUUAAUUUGUAGAUUGCGAUUUCAUAAGUGAAGCAUGGUUUUAGAAAUUAUAUAUAAUAUGGUGAUUGUAGUUUUGAAUGCAGCACUUUUGAAAUAUUAGUGUUCUAUAAAUAUUAAUAUUCGAAAUAUACACUAUGUGAUUUAUGCGUAAGUGAUUUUCGACUUUGGUACACACGAUUUUAUGCUCUAAUCGUAUGUAUUUAAUAAUUUGGUUAAGGUCAGUGCUUACGGAAUAAUUGUUAUGUACAUAUAUAUGUAAUGAAAUACUGAUAUUAAAUUACGGUAACUUGGCGAAAAUUUUUAGCGAUACUGUUUAUUAAUUUAAUUAAAUUCGGGCAAGAUGCAUAUUUACUGUGGUUUUGUGGUAUAUAAAAGACAUUGGCGCUUUCAACGGAUUAUGUCACAAAGUAUAUAAAUAUGCACACAAAAAAGUGCUAAAUUAGUUAUUCUAACCAAGCAUAUAUUAGAAGUAAUGAUUUCAAUAUCAAUUUUGGAUAACAUUCUUUAUGAUACGAUCAACCUAUAAAAAGUAAUUUAACGAGAGUUUUAAAAGUCACGCCAGAAUCUAGAUUUGAAGGCCAUUGUGAUGAGAGAGGUUAUCCCCAAACUUUCGAGUUUGUUUACAAGUAUUGUCUUGUAUAUUUUUUAAUAAGCUAUUAUUAACAUAUUGUAAACUUCAGAUUAUAUAAUUUAUUUUCACUUUUACUUGCUUUAAAACCAUAUUAUGUGGAUUUAAUUUUCUGGAACACGUCAUUCAUCAAAAUUAAAAGAAAUACUAUGUGUGUUUACUAAAUAUUAAUAGUAAUUAAAAAUUAUUUAUAUGACAAUACUCCUAUUGUAGUUACAUAGUCAUGCUUAUAACAAGUUGAUACAGUCUUGAAAUGAAUAACUUUUAUUGUACCUACGUAUGGAAAUUUUGGAACCCCUUUAUAGAAGCUACAGACAACAACAUAGUCAAAAUAGCACAUAACCACACGCCGGUUUCAAGAUAUCGCCAAUCUCUAAGGUCCCAGGUAUGAUUCCCGGUCGGAUCGAUGCGGUAAAUGUCUCCGAUCUGGGUGUUGUUUCAGAUUUCCAAAAUACAAGUGCUUUAGCUUCUCAAUUUGGGAUCACAACUUGUAUGAGAUGUUGUUUAAUGCAUAGAUUUCUCUGUCUACAACUAGAUAAGCUAUGCGGUACUACAAAAUUUCCUACGUUUCAUAUUGCUAUCUCGCUCACUCUUUACUUUUCAAAAUCUUACGUUUCUCGGCUGAAGCGCACUGUUGCACAGUUUCGAAAUCAAAAUGUCAUGUAAAUUGAUCAUAUUUGAUUUGCAACUCCAUUUGUUAAUAUGUAAAUAUUUAUUGUAAUACUUGUUAAGGAGUGUUAUUGUAAAUGGGUUAAAAGCCGCGAGUUCACUGGACGACAUAGUAACAAUCAACUACUUAUGUCUACAACACACCCUUAUUCUAUACCUUGAUGAGAAUAUGUCAUUGAGUGAACACGCUGCUUUACUUGUCAGUUCCUGAAGGUAUGACCUUAAAGCUAUGUAAAAUAAAUUUGUAAAUGCCAUUAUUUAUAUUUAAUGUAAAAUUAGGGAGAACCUUGCUGACUUAUUGAGUCUGAUCAGUACCUCCUUCACUGUUAUUGUAUAUCAAAAUUUAUAAAAUGUACCAAAUCUUUAAUUGGCACUGUCCACAUUAAAUAUUGAUAUUAUUUUUAUAUAUUUAAAUCGAUUUUAAUAACUUCCCGAAUCAAAGUAAAUUGUUGGUAUUGGUGAUUAUAAUUUGUAGAUGCAGUAAAAUCAAUGAUUGAAUGGUGUGUCAUACCUAAGCUGGUACUAUAGUUAUUAGUUUAUAUUCUAUAGAUAUUAUUAUUUCGUAAGGUAUGUUAUCACAACUCGAUAAACUCGAUUCAUUGUUGAUAUUAGGGUCGUAUUGCAGUUCAGAUAAGAUGUACGAGAAUCACGAUGUAAUUUCUGGUUAAUCAGUUAAGUCCAUGGAUGCGUUGUUUUUUAGGUUGCAUUACGAAGAUGUAACACUGAUAGAUAUACAGUCGGCGUUAUAAUCAGUGGCUUAACUAUACCGUUUGGGACCCCUAGCGAAUUCAUCGGAUGCACACUCACUCCCACCCCACCUCCUAAUAUAAAAAACACUUUACCAAACUUGUAACGCACACUUUCUUCAAUUUGAUAUAUUCGAUGUGAGACAAUACUCUUCUACUGUAUCCGCCUAAAAUAUAGUUAAUCCAUUCGGAUCAAGUUGUUAGCCAAUAUAUAAAUUUGAAGAAUUGACGCAAAGAUAUCUUGAUCACUGCGUACUUAGAUGGAUAUACAACUUAGAUUAGACAAUUUAAGUUGUAUAGCAGAUAUACUUGAAUUUCUGUACUUGACAUCUUUUCGAUUACCUUGGGCGCUUCGAUAAUUAUGUAUGACGUUGACUGUACGCUAUUUUAAUGCUCGUGCAUUGUAUUCUCACUCGGCUCGCUUAGAGAUUGAAAAGAUGAUUUAUUGUAUCAUUCACUAUCUAACAUCAUCACAGCAAUAAAAUUAAAUGUAAUGUUAUUUUAAAUUUCAAAUUUUAUCUCGAAAUGUGGCACUGUAUAAAGUUUUUUUGUAAAUAAAUAUAUCAAAACCU